GUGGAGUUGUCGCUCCAGUGAUGGAUUAUGCUCGCAAGUCUCUUGACCUCUUGACCCUGUCAUCCUUCUCCAAGUGCGUGACUGCCAGCAUGUCAGCCAGCGCAUCCGUGACCCAGCAGCUUCUGUCAAGGCGAGCGUCUCGGCCAAAACCAUUCCGAGUGACGAAUGCCGACCGCAGUUUGAAGAAGGGCGUCAUGGCGGAUGCGUUGGAAGACCUGAUUAACAAGGUCGGCGACUCGUUAAACGUGCCGUGUGCCAGCGGCGUGGUCCUGGAGGAAGACGGCACAGGUGUGGACACGGAGGAGUUCUUCACGACACUGCCUGACAACACUGUCCUCAUGGUGCUGGAGGAAGGGCAGAAGUGGACCCCGCCUCAGAGCGCCCCCUCCAGAGACGAGCUCAGCAAUCGCAGGCCACAGCGCCGGAUGGAUGUGGCCAAGCUGACCUUUGACCUGUACAAAAGCCACCCCAGUGAUUUCAUCGGCUGCUUGAAUGUCAAGGCGACACUGUACGGCGUCUACUCGCUGUCCUACGAAGUGCGCUGUUCCGAGGCCAAAAAGAUGUUGAAGGAGGCUUUGCGAUGGACCGCCCUCUCCAUGCAGGCCACCGGCCACAUCCUGCUGGGCUCCUCCUGGUACAUGGAGCAGCUCCUGGAGGAGGAGGACAGCCCCGAGGAGGGACUGCCGCUGCAUCGCGAGAGCCCGAUGGGUCGGCUGCAGAGCUUUCUGCUGCGUCGGGCAACCUACUGACGGACUGUACGACAGAGUUGAUGUUAACCUUUGCUGCUGAAACCGCAUGCUCUUCUUGGAUGUUGAAUGUAAUGCGCUGGAGAUGAACAAAUAAAGCUGAGUAUUUUUAGUCA